AUGUCUUACACAUGCUUCAGCACAUCCUUCUCAGGCAUAGAUAGCCCAGGCACCGCGUUGAACCAACUGGCGGUCGAGCUUGGGGUCAAGUUGAAUCCAAUUCGAAAAGAUGGCAAACAUACUUUUGGCAUUGAAUGGGAACCCCACAGCCAACGGGAAUUGAAGAAACACCCAGCUGGUCCACGCUGGUUGUUUUCUGACAUAGCUGAUUUUGCAGCACCAUGUGUCAGAAGUCGGUUGCAGCAGUUGGCCGAUGAGAACAAGCUGCAGACUGUCUUGCUGCCUUGGGUUAAAAGCUCUCCUCAAUCAACGAUUUCCCUGUCGGCCUAUUGCUUGAACCAUGAAAGGACCUGCACCAUUGAAGGGCCGGCAGAUCUACACCUUGCAGGCACACCUUGCACUGCGCAUUCUCAAAUAGGCCUUCAGGAGGAAGAAAUGGCUUAUUCCUUUAGCUUCUUCAUCAUAUGGCUGGGAAUGAGGACAGAUGCUGAGCAACUCGAUGAAGAGCUUCGCUGGGCUUCCUCGCGUCCAAGCUCGAUGUGGGAUGACGCAGUGCCACCUUCACAUAAGGAUCCGUCUGCAUUUGCAGCUACACUCACCGAAAAUGAGGCCAAAUUCUUGGCAAAGUAUUUGAAGGAGUCACCCAUGGGUAUGUACAGCCUCAACCAAGACCCGGAUGUGACGAACAUGAAAUCAAAUGGACAGGCGAUGGCGACUCUGAUCGGCUCGGCUUCUCUAUGGUACUCAUCGAUCCACAGUCGAUGGCUCACUCCACGUGAGCUGCUUGUGUGCCAAGGUUUUCCACUGAGGCCACGCUGGAGUUUCAAUGUGGCUUGCUGCAGCUUUAGUGCCAGAAUGUCAGAGGGAUUGACAGAAACCAAGCAAUGGCCAAGCCGGGCAAGCAUAGCCAAGAUGAGUGGAAACAGCAUGCACUGCAAUGUCUCUGGCGUUAUCUUUUUGUACUGCUUGACCCAGACAGUACUUGACAAGCAUCUAGUACGCAUACUUGUUCGCUCGUCCAGAAGUAAGAUCCCACAGCAGAUCACUUUGAAACGCAAGCGUUCAGAAUCUGAUGCUGGAUGCCGUGGACACGCAGCCUCUUCUACCUCUUCCAGAACAUCGGCUGAUCCGAUGACCUUCUUUCUCGAGGACUGA